AGCAGCGUGGGCGGGGAGCCAGAGGCGAGCGAGGUGCUGAGUCGCGGUUAUGCCAUCUGGCUCAUAUAACCAGAGGAAACUUGGCACCCACAUUCAACUGGAAUGACCGUCAAUUCACAAAACAUCCUAUUUUCUCUUUGCCAAGAACAAAGUGACAACUGAUCUCAAUGUGCAUGUCAGUCACAUGCACUGACCCCCUGUUUCUCAUCUGUAUAACGUGGUAACAGUGGUCCACGGAAGACCUGGGCUGUCUUUCAUCCCUGACUAGAAUUGGAUUAUUCUCAUCUCAGUGAUUUGGAAAUUUCAAGACACCAAGGAUCAGAGAGAACAGUCCAAGGGUUUGACUCUCCCUCUUUUCCCUGUCCAGAGCAGGCCAAGCAGUAUCCAGAUACCCCCUCCUAUUGUUUCUGGGCUUAAGACCUGGCCUGAGGAGAGGCUCCAUUAUGGCUCAAUGUGUUUGUUGCUGCUUCCAACCCACAGCCUGAAGGCAAUAGCAAACAGCAUGACCCUUCCACCUACUUCCCAGGAGAAGGGGAAAUCCUUAGACUGAGCACUCUGAGGCCAUCACACCCCGAGGGAUACACCACCUGUCCCAGGUGUUCCGGCCUCGGCAGGCCAGGCCCCUGAUGGAGGAAUGAAGAAGCUGCCCAGAUGUUCAGGCCUCAGAAGUCACGACCUGCGGAAACCUGGAGGAGUCCGGCUGACAGCCAGAACCGCGGGUCCAGACCGACACCCCCAGAGUUAGCUUUGGAAUCAAACCCUUCUGACCAUCCAAGGGCAAGCACAAUUUUCCUGAGCAAAUCUCAAACGGAUGUGCGAGAAAAGAGGAAGAGCAACCAUUUAAACCAUGUAUCUCCAGGGCAGCUCACUAAAAAGUAUAGCUCAUGCUCAACAAUAUUUCUAGAUGACAGCACAGUCAGCCAACCUAAUCUUAGAACCACAAUAAAAUGUGUGACCUUAGCAAUAUAUUACCACAUAAAGAACAGAGAUGCAAAUAGAUCCUUGGAUAUUUUUGAUGAGAGAUCACAUCCACUCACAAGAGAAAAGGUUCCAGAGGAAUACUUUAAGCAUGAUCCUGAACACAAAUUUAUUUACAGAUUUGUUCGUACUCUUUUCAGUGCCGCACAGCUAACAGCCGAGUGUGCAAUAGUAACUUUGGUUUACUUAGAAAGGCUUUUAACUUAUGCUGAGAUCGACAUUUGUCCCACUAACUGGAAAAGAAUUGUUUUGGGAGCCAUUCUUCUUGCCUCCAAGGUUUGGGACGAUCAGGCUGUAUGGAAUGUGGACUACUGCCAGAUCCUCAAGGACAUUACAGUUGAGGACAUGAAUGAGAUGGAAAGGCAUUUUUUGGAGCUACUCCAGUUUAAUAUUAAUGUUCCCGCCAGUGUUUAUGCCAAAUACUACUUUGACCUUCGCUCCUUAGCAGAUGACAACAACUUGAAUUUUCUAUUUGCUCCUCUUAGCAAAGAAAGAGCACAAAACUUAGAGGCCAUUUCCAGAUUGUGUGAAGACAAAUACAAAGACUUGUGUAGAGCUGCUAUGAGAAGGUCUUUCAGCGCUGAUAACUUCAUUGGUAUUCAGCGCUCUAAUGCCAUCCUCUCUUAAGGGAGAAGGAAGGGGUUGUAACAUCAUGAACCCCUCAAUCUACAGGGACUGGAGAAAUACCACCUCUCCUGCUCACAAACCAGCAAAGUUAGUAUUUUCAUCUAAAAGAAAGACCUCAAAUUCAAGAAACUCAUGGACCGCAAGGAUUAUGGUCACAGGAAAGAAUGGGACCUUGUUAAUGCAACACACUCUUUUGUCCUUUUUAAUGUAAACAGAGUUACAAAAACCACUCCAAAGCAAAAGCUCCAACCCACACACGGAUAUCUGCUUACUAUGUAGGCUGAUAGCUGUGAACUAAGUGAGGUUUUUUUUUAAUAGCUUAAAUUUUUAAACUUUAAAGACACUAACUAUAUAACUUUUAUGUUUUUCCUAUUUUUCCUGCCCCUUCCCCCCAUAUUGCUGCAUAUUUCUUUAGCAUCCAUGCAGUAUUACCAACCAUGAAAACAUGGGACUCCUCUAACAACUCAUAAAGCCACUUAGGAACAGACUGUAGCAUUGUGUUAGGUAUUGAAGGGUUCUUCCUACUUUAUCACCGAAGCUGCUAGUCAUUAUUGGCAAUCAGUUUAAACCAAAAAGCUGCUGGAUAACACUUGUCACUCAAAAUCUUUGCAAGCACUACUUAUUAGCAUAUUAGUAUGUUUAGGGUCAUAAACAGAGAAAGUAUGUUAUCGAUGAUUAUCUACUUCUUUUGGGUCCACGCUGCAUUUCUUGUGAACUAUAAUGCAUUUCUUGUGAACUAUAAUAAUGGUGCUUCUCAUUUUCUGAUGAUUUUCCUCUUUAUUAAAUACCUGUAUUAAAAGACAUUUUCACAAUGCCAACCAACAUGGUGGUCCAGUGGUAACAAGCCGGCAGUGAAAAGGUGCCCUGAAAACCUUAGUGCAGCUUUAAGCUUUAACCUAGUGUGCUUGGGCCCUCUGGGGCACAGCUGAAGGAUGAAUGCUACACACUGAUAAAACACCAUUUAAAAGUUUAGUUGUCUCUUGUAAACAUACCUACUUUUGUAAAUUUUAAAUAUGAAGCUUUUCAUUUUAGUGUUUUUGUUUCAGCCCCUCUUGAAGAUGGCACACAUUGGCUAAAACCAAAAAAUUAAAAUGAAAAGCUUCGUAUUUAAAAUUUACAAAACUGGGUGAGUGUACAAGAAAUAAUUAAACUUUCAAAUGGCGUUUUAUCACUGUGUAGCAUUCAUCUUUCCACAGGUAUCAAAGCUUAAAAUUGCACUAAGCCUGAAGGGGUGCCUUGUAUUUUCACAGGUGCGCCCUCCCCCUUUUUAAAAUCUUUCUUUGCAGGGCUGUGCUGCUUACCUGCUGUGGUCACCAGAAUUUCUUUUUCCUACAUUUGUAAAGAGUAUGAAGAGCAGUGAUAAUUCACAUGUAACAAACCAAAAGGAACUGGACUCUGAUAGUAGUCAUCUGAAAGUAGGUGAUCUGGAACAGCUCCUCUAGCCUACCUGGUAACCUGGCUGGAGGGGGGCUCAUUUCGAGUCCUGCUGUUUAAGAGGACCCCUCACCUCAGGCUUUAAAGGGCAGGGAGUUAAGUAAUCAAUCUUUUAGGAGAUUGGUAAUGAUGUCACUUAAACUUGAAAUGUUAAAAAAAAAAAAAAAAAAAAGGUGUUCUUAACUAUGUGAAAUCUUUCUCCUACCUUCUCAAAUGUAAUCCUAGGAAUUUUGCCUGUAUACAUAGCAUUUCUGGGCCAGGAAUACUUUCUCCAUAUAGCAAGUCUUCAUUAUUAUAUUGAGUGCUGCAGGUUCCAUCAUUUUUAAAGGACAGACACACAAAUGAUAACAGUAUAUAAAAUAUUACAAUCUACCACCUCAAAAAACAUUGUUUAUGGAGUUCGGAGCUUGGAGAUUCAAGUAUUGAUUGCAGUUUUAUUUUGAAAAGAAUGCUACAACUUACGUGGUUUUUCUUCCUCAUGUUUAUAUUAAAAGCUAAUAAACUCUAUU